UUUAUCACAGGACUGUAUUAUUUAAUGUGGGCGAAGUCAAUGAUUACUGUCUCUCGUCCUUGGUGUACAGUGACACAGGUGGUGGGUCGUGGCAGCUUGUCGUUCUCACAGCCGCGGGUGGAGGUGUUCGUCCAGGAGAACACAGCCCCACUACACCUCCUCACUCUUCACGCCGCCUCCAACACCUCCACGACGGGCGUGAUGUACAGCCUUGCGGGCGGGGGCGUGGGCGGUCUCUUCCGUGUCGACGCCCGCACUGGCCACCUCACCCUUACCGCCCCCCUCGAUUAUGAGACCAGGAGUCAGUACGAGGUGUUGGUGGUGGGGGAGGCCGGGGAAGAACGGGCGUACGGGCGGGUCUUGAUUCGGGUAGAGGACAUCAAUGACAUGCCGCCCACCUUCUCCAGGCCCAUGUUCGAGACCCAGAUCACCGAGGAGGACGACCGACACCUGCCUAAGGCCAUCCUCCAGGUGGUGGCUGAGGACGCGGACGAGAGCGACGAGGGACGACUGGUGUACACACUGGUUGGGGACGACGACCCAGACACCAACACCACCUUCUCCAUCAGCCCCUCCACCGGCCACAUCCACCUCCUACGGCCUCUGGACCGUGACGCGCCAUCUGGAAGGGCUCGCUGGAAGCUGUGGGUGACGGCGACUGACGGUGUACACAACGCCCACGCUCAGGUCCACGUCAACGUCAAAGACAUCAACGAUAACGCCCCCUUCUUCCCUCACGAUGUUAUUGAUGCCACUGUACUGGAGAACGCCGCCGCCGGUACGGAGGUGACGCGGGUGGAGGCAACAGACCAUGACGACCCCCAGGAGAGCACCAACGCCGCCAUCACCUACUCCGUCGACAAGAACGUGAUCGACGAACAGUCCGGGAGACCCAUCUUCUCUAUAGACGCCAUGACGGGCAGGGGCGAGGGGGAGGGCGAGGGGGGAGGGAUCAGGACGGCGUUGUGUUGCCUAGACCGGGAGCAGACACCUUCCUUCGUCAUCCAGGUGGUGGCGUCAGACGGCGGUGGCCUUAAAGGGACAGGAACGGUGGUCGUGUCGCUGGGGGACGAGAACGACGCGUCGCCCAAGUUCACGAGGAGGGAGUGGCAGGUGACGGUGAGAGAGACGGCUCCUCCUAACACCUCUCUGGCCUUCCUCACGCUCCACGACCCCGACACAACCAACCACUUCACUUUUAGGGUGGUGGCGGGUAGCGGAUACGGAUGGGAGAGGUUCGCGGUGGUGGCGGCCAGGAACUACAGUGGGGCCCUUCACGCCAUUCGCACCUUAGACUAUGAAGACCAUGCCCAGCGUCCAGGAUUCAAGUUCAAAGUGCAAGUGUCUGACAAGGAGGACGAAAAGCGGCGGUGGGAGGACGAAAAACACCUGGACGACACCUGGGUGAGGGUGAUACUGGAAGACGACAACGACAACGACCCUCACCUCACCACCACCCUAGUCAACCUCACCCUGGCCGAGAACACUCCUCUAGGUCACUCCCUCGCUACCUUCACCGCCACCGACCAAGACGAGGGCGGCGACGGAGAGAUCCAUUACGUCAUCGACCCCAGCAGUGACCCUGGCAGAAGAUUUGCCGUGGAUUCUGAAGGUCGCGUGCGGCUGCGGCGAGUGCUGGACCGCGAAGCUGCGGCGAGUCACACGGUGCGGGUACUAACGGUAGAUGGCGGGGACCCGGCCCGCACAGCAACUGCUACCCUCCUGCUCACAGUGACGGAUGUAAACGACAACGCACCGCACGUGGCAGGACCCGCCGUGAUGCACGUGCCAGAGAACAGCGGGCCGCGCCACGUAGCCGACAUCACCCUAGACGACGCUGACGACUGGACGCUGGGUCACGGCCCGCCCUUCACCAUCACCCUGGCUCACUCCGCCACACCCAAAAUCAAGCAGGACUUCGCUGUGGACUUCGAUGCCAGAGGUGAUGAGGGGCGCGGUGUGGCGGUGGUGACGUCACUACGGGCCCUGGACCGGGAGGAGGCGCCUGUACGUCUGCUGCCGCUGGUGGUGGGCGACGCUCAGGGCCUCAGCGCCACUGUCACGGUCACCGUCACCGUCGCCGACAAGAACGACAACUUUAUGGCCCCCGCAGCUAAGACCAUAGCCGUCACCCGCAUCACAGGCCAGGCCGGGGUAGUGCCGUUAGGACGCGUGUACGUGGAGGACGCUGACGACUGGGACGCCGACGAGAAGACGUGGGCGUGGCGGAACAGGAACCAACACUCGCUCUUCACCCUCGACCCAUACACGGGGCACCUGGCCAUGUCUACCCACGCCAGCGACGGCACGUACUUCCUUCAGUUCUGGGUGAGUGACGCCGCCCAGGGUCAGGUGGACGUGCUGGCCAACGUGACGGUACAAGUCAACACCUUGAGUCAUGAAGUCAUCCCUUGGGCCGUCCCCGUCACCCUCACUUCACAUUCCCCCCAGCACCUCAUCACCCAUCGCCAGGGAGUUGGAAGGUCUCCACUCGAAGCUCUGGUGGAAUCGGUCGAGUCUAUCGCGGGUGCAGAAGUGGUGGUGGUCUCCCUCGAGGGACAGAGCAUGACCACUCCAAGAGGUGCUGAGACGCAGGUGUGGCUGGCUGCUCGCCCUCGUCAGCCCCUCGACCAGCUCCUCCUGCUGCACCGCCAACAGGUCUCAAGUGAGUCAGGCGUGGAGGUGUCAGACGUGGGCGUAGGGGUAUGUCUCACUCAACCUCACCACGAGCAGAGAGAAGGGUCGCGGGCGUGGGUGGUCGACGCCAACACCACGGCCGUAGUCACUCCACGUUUUCACACAAUGACCAGCGGCUGCAGCUGUCACAUCCGCCAGCCACAAAUUCUACAGGAACAGCAGCGACAAGUCACAGAGAGUGCAGCUUACCAGCCCAAUGUUGCUGCCGUCACCCAUCCCUCCUCCUGCCAACCCAACCCUUGCCUCAACGGUGGACGCUGCAUAGCCAACCCCCGGGGCCCCAGCUGCGUGUGUCCACAAGGUACGAGUGGAUCCAUCUGCAAACAGUUGAGUCGUCAUUUUGCAGGUUACGGCUGGGCCUGGGUGCCCUCAGUGCCCACCUGCUCGCAUGUCCAUAUUACUCUCGAAUUUCAAACCAGCUGUUCUACCUGCCUCCUCCUGUACGCUGGCCCGGAACCUACCUCCAGCCACCCAGCUGCACGCUUCUUACAGGAAGAUGUGUUAAGUGUGGAGCUACGAGACGGACAGCCGUGGGUGAUGCUGGACCUGGGCACCAGUCCCGUGUUGCUCGCCCCCUCAGCCACCCGCCACAAGAAGUCAGCCUCACAGGUUACGUCACCACCACCCCACCAGACAUCCUCACUGGCAGAUGGUCGGUGGCAUCGUCUUGACGUUAUAUGGGGACAACAGAAAGCUGAGGUGAUAACAGACACGUGUGAGGGAGGUGGUGAGUGUCGAUUGACGGCGUCACUGCCCCCUGGCGUAGGAGGGUUGAGAGUGGCAGCACCACUACAGGUUGGCGGCUUGGCUCACUCCCCUCCCCACCACCUGGACCACGGCUGGCCAGCGGCUGUCACACACGCUGCCUUCCGAGGCUGUAUGCGCAACCUACGUAUCAAUGGUGAGUUGCAGGACCUCGGUAGGGAGGUACUAAGCCACAACAGUUCUCCCGGGUGCCGUAACCACGACCACUGCCUGGCUGCCGGGAGACCCUGCAGUAGCCACUCCAGGUGUAUAACGAGUCAAGGAGGACCUGUGUGUGAGUGUGACCUAGGCUGGUCAGGAGACGCUUGUGACCAGAAGGCACAACCUUCAUCGUUCUCCAGAAGCAGCUACAUCAAGAUGGCGCUCUCCACUUCCCCGCCGCCCAACACCACCUCCCUGCAGCUGCGCUUUCGUACCUGGGAGGAGUCUGGACAACUGUUGUCUGUGACGUCACACCAUGGGCGAGAUCAGCUGACCCUGCAGCUGGUUGACGGCCACAUGUGUGUUCAGCUGAUGCUACAACACCUGCCUGACACCCAGCUGUGUCUGUCACGUGCACACCUUAAUGACGGCAAGUGGCAUAGCGUCAAGGCCAACAGAUAUGGAGAGUGGCUGGAGAUGAUGGUGGACGAGGGCGACGGUCCCCUAUACAACACCACGCCCACACCCUCCUCCCUCCUCGGCUGGACCCUUCCCCUCAUGGUCGACCGUCAUGAAGGUGUCCAUGUGGGAGGCUCGCCAGAGUAUGUAGGUGUGAGUCUCCACACCGUCCACAAUGAUUUCCGCGAUGGGUGUCUGGGUGACCUGAGGGUGUCUGGAGUAAGUCUUCCUCUGCCGCCUCUUCUCAACUCAUCAACUUGGGCACAAGCUACCAUGUUCACUAAUGUCCACGCUACCUGUCUCGCCCCUCCUGUGUGUGCCAACGUCAGCUGCUCUGAGCCUCUCACCUGUGUUGACGUCUGGAGAAGACACGAAUGUGGGUGUGGUGAAGGAGCGGCACUGAUGAGGGAGACUGGCACUUGUAGGGAUGUGAACGAGUGCCUGUGGUCUCCUUGCUUCAACGGUGGCACCUGCAUCAACCGAGAGCCUGGCUACCUGUGCCUCUGUACCAAGUCCUUUACAGGUGAGCACUGUGAGGUGACCGCUAGUAGGUACACCUCCCUCACCCUCUCCUUCAGCGCCUUGGUCAUCGUAUUGAUCCUCUCCGUCAUGAUCCUCGCCAUGGUGUUGGGCGUUUAUAUCCUGUAUCAGCGACGACGAAGGAGGAUGAGGAAGUCAGUGAAAGCAGCUGAGGAGUUCACGGUGUCUGCAAAAAUCUCACAGGAGUUGGAAAAUGUUGACAUCCCAGGCGGCGAGAACACUGAUCUUAAGGUGGCGUGUAGCAAGAUGGGCCACCGGCAGUCUUCAGUGACCAAGGAUACAAAGUUGACUGCUGUGGACGUACUGAGGAGGGACAAGUCAGAUGAUGGGAAAGAAGCUGCCCCAGAGAGUGGAUGUGGCUGUCCACACUUGCCCUCACUAGAUGACCUCCGCUACUAUGCUUACGAGGGUGAUGGCAGCUCUCCUGGUUCUCUCUCUUCUUGCUGUUCAGGUGUUGAUGGCGUCGAUGAGGUGCGGCUUCUUGGGGGCUUCCAAGACGUCGCGGCACUACUGAACUGCCUCGUCGGUCAGCAAAACACACAGUCACCUCUCCGUCAGCACAGUCAAGCUACCACUACCCAACAAAUGCCUGACACGCUGAGCACUUCUGUUGCCACAGUCAACGUAAACGGAUGUAAACAUGAAAACAAAAGUUCUUCGCCGUCUAAGAAAUUGAAAUCAAACUCUGGUGAAAGUGAAGAUGGUGUCGCGACUGUGACCUAUGAAGCAGGAAUACAGUCAGCUCUAAUAUACCGUAAAUGGAAUUCUCUACCAAGAUCUCGAGCCCCCAAAAUAUUUGUUAAUAACUUACAUGAUUACACACGAGACGCUGUGGGCUGUUCAGUGGACAGAGGCUGCUACUCUCUCAGACGAAACAUUAUUUCCUCAGCUGCUGUGACUGACACGCUUCUGCCAGGAACAUGUUACAGCAAAACACACACUUGCUGUACAAAAAUUCCACCACCGAUGGGAUUUGAAGAGAACUCACUCUCUGUCUUGUCCAGUGGCAGAGACACGUGCCAGGCUUGCAAUGUUGCCACUCUGCUUUGUGAUGAUAAGUGUAAAAACCUUCAAGUUCCUCGGCGGAGUCGGUCCACCUCCACUGUGUCAUACAUUGCGUCUAGAGACAAGGCUCUAGGCAGUUGCUCGUGUUCCGUAGUGCAGCCGUUGCCAGGGGUUCCAUGCUCUCAACCUUCUUGUGAGCAACAAAGGACUAGUUCUUACAGUGGCCUCCAGCUUGCGGACGCCAGCAGUGCAGGACAGUCACCAGGGUGUCCGUGUACCAAUACUCAGAUCUCCGUGAUCUCCACCAAAACUCACAAGGGUUGUGGUAGUGAUAAACUGUUUCUGUUGUAAUAACACUCAAAUUUUCAUGGCGCAGGAUGACCAAGAUAAAGGCCAACACAACAGGUUUUCCCAUCAUUCACUGUUAUUCAUUCUUUCAAACUGCUGUAGCAGAUGUUUGUUGCCAUUGUGUUCUCCUUCCAUAAGGCAACCUCGAAAUUACCACAUCCCCCCCCCCCCUGUGAGUGUGUGUGUGUGUGUGUGUGUGUGUGUGUGAUUUAAGCGCAGUAUUUCGUACAGCCGAAGUGUAUCGGCGGAUGACUUCUACAAAAGGUUGUUGAGACAUUAUGGUUACUGAGGUUGUUGAGACAUUAUGGUUACUGUACAGCAUCAGGCAGUCAUGCCCCAACUCCCCCACACACACUCCUCCCUAACUAAUCACUUCACUGAGCGUUUGAUGCACACUUCAUCCUCUACACUCCCCUUCCAGCCAGCCCAAUGUUUAACACCAACCACGACACAAUUAUAUUUCCUUCUUCCACUUCCUUGUCACAACCUUUAACAUUGUAUUUCCAGUAUAUUGAUGCAUAUCUUCCUCACUGACUCUUCCUCCACUUAAGUUUGUAUCAUAUUAAAAACUCCUCACACCUGUGGACUUACCUGUCAUUAAUCCUCACACAUGUUUUAUUUCUUUAUUAUUGUCUAAAAUUAGUUGUAAUUCACUCUAGUCAUCCAUAUGUCGCACAUUAAUCCUCCAUGUCACAUACUAAUCCUCCUGCUGAAAUACAUUAAUCCUCCAUGUCACAUACUAAUCCUUCUGUCACACAUUAAUCCCCCAUGUCACACACUAGUCCUCCUUGUCACACAUUAAUCCUCCAUGUCACACACUAGUCCUCCUUGUCACACAUUAAUCCUCCAUGUCACACACUAAUCCUCCUUCUGUCACAUUAAUCCUCCAUGUCACACACUAAUUCUCCAUGUCACACAUUAAUCCCCAUGUCACACAUUAAUCCUCCAUGUCACACUAAUCCUCCUUGUCACACACUAAUCCUCCUUGUCACACAUUAAUCCUCCAUGUCACACACUAAUCCUCCUUCUGUCACACAUUAAUCCUCCAUGUCACACACUAAUCCUUCUUGUCACAUUAAUCCUCCAUGUCACAUACUAAUCCUCCUGUCAACACAUUAAUCCUCCUGUCAACACAUUAAUCCUCCUUCUGUCACACACUAAUCCUCCUUCUCUCACACAUUAAUCCUCCAUGUCACACACUAAUCCUCCUUGUCACACAUUAAUCCUUCUUGUCACACAUUAAUCCUCCAUGUCACACUCUAAUCCUUCUUGUCACACAUUAAUCCUCCAUGUCACACACUAAUCCUUCUUGUCACACAUUAAUCCUCCAUGUCACACACUAAUCCUUCGUCACACAUUAAUCCUCCAUGUCACACACUCCUAACCUAAUAUACCCUAAUUUAGCUUAACUUCAAAUGACAUGCCCUAAUUGAUCCUAUUUUACCCCAAUUUACCGUAAUCUACUUUACCAAAUUUAACCUUAUCUGACUUAUCCUAAUUUAACUUAACAGAAAGUAACUUAAUCUAACCUACCUUACCCUAAUCUAACCUACCUUACCUUACCCUAAUCUAAACUCCUAGUCUUGAGUGUCAUCCAUUUUUCACUAACUUUAUAAUCUUUAACGCUACACAACAUUUCUUUACUAAAAAUUCACAAAAACAGAUUCCAGACAAAAUUUUAAUUAGACAGGAGAGGUAAAUUAUUCUCUUUAUAAUCAAAUAAUACUGAUAAUAUACUGAAAAAAUAAUUCAAAUAAUAUCUUACCAUAAAGGCAUACAAUAUCUACUAACUGUAUUCAGUUCUGUAAUGUUGAAAAAAAAAAUUUACAAGUCUUCGCCAUUCCGAUUACGUCUGUCUUUGUCAAGCUCUUCGUGUGGCUAAGCGAAUGAGUCGUAAGGAAUUCUCUCAUAUUUUAUUUAAUUGGUAAUUUUCGUUUUAACAUCGUUCUCUAAAACUGUCUAAUUUUAGAUUCACUUUGAUGCUUAACAGACACAUACAGUGUGAGGAUUGACUCAACAAUUAGGAGCCAUUGUGGGUAUCUGGUUAUAAAGCGUAGUUGAACCAUUAUUUGGUGUUCAGUUUAUGUCGGCCACGGAAAAGAAGGAAAUUCAUUGGAUCAAGUGAAAAUGAGCUCCCCCCCCCCGCCCCCCCCCAGAUUAUUUCACUUCAAGAUUAAUCACCCAAAUGUUAACCUAACUUAACCUGACAUAGCUAACCUUAGCUUAUCCCCCACAACAAUGGGACCCCGUCAGAGGUUGAUCAAACACUACAGUACAGGUAAACAGAAGAUAAAACCAUACACCUAAAUUAUGGGGAACAUUCAUUCGUUGACAAAUGAUCUCCAGCCUGGUGUUGUAAUACUGAAUUCAUGACAAAUACGAUGUUAACUUAAUUUGAAAAGGACGCCUUUAAAAAAUACAAAGUGUGCUCAGCUCCCACCCGUCUUCGGUAUAUACAAAACUUGUUAUUUAGCUUCAUCAACCCUGAAAUUUAUUGUCCUAUUUCAUUCUAACCAUUGCUGAUUUAUGCCAGAAUAUAUUUCCUUCGCUGUACAGUAUGUGCCCUGCAUACUCAUGACAAAAUUUGUGUCCUAAUACCAUUCUGCGCAUUUAUUUAACCAGAUCCAAGCAACAAAUACUCGAUUGUCUCACUGUUAUACACUGCAUUUUUUUUCAUUUAACAAUUCACGCGAAUUUUCUGCCACGUAUUUUCCAACAUUGUCACAUGUGUUUAAUUUAUUAAUUAUAGAUAUGUAAAUGUAUCAUGCUUAACCUCUACCAUUAAGAUUUUAAAACUGGGCUCCCAGCGCGAUAGAAAAAGUACUACCCAGGCCACUCUACCUGCUGAUGGAGAUUAACUAUGUUAUAUGAGUGUGCGAGUGUUUUAAAACUGGGCUCCCAGCGCGAUAGAAAAAGUACUACCCAGGCCACUCUACCUGCUGAUGGAGAUUAACUAUGUUAUAUGAGU